UAAAACAAACAAACAAAAUGUUGCAUUCAAUACAAAAGACGAUUCCUUUUAAAGGCAUUUCCCAACCUGUCCCAAUCAUUUUCCCUCUUCCUAGUUUGGGCAUCUCUGGUGUAAAUGAUAAUUCCCGAUAUCUAUACAGACAUUAUUCAUUGGCAUCUUAUGUCAGUGUUCUAAAAUUAGCCAUCAUUUAUGACUGGAUAUCAUGUGACUUUGGUCAAACUAUCUAUAUAAGCUCACCUUUUAUUACAAGUUUCAAUAAUCUUAACGUUUUUAUGAGCUUAAUGUUUAACUAUAAACAUCUCCAAAUAAGGAACUUCUGUGCGCACUGGCACCCUAUAGGACAACGACCAGGUUGAACGCCUUAUAAAAGCCUUUGGCACUUUGUUGUUUUCAUUCGGAUGAAUUCAGCUCUUCCAGUCUGCAUUUAACGAUAUAAUACUAACAAUAACAUGGCAGAGCAGAGUCCAUUACUCACGGUUUAUCCUUCAAGUUGCUUGGUUGAUGAGAAAAUUGAAGUCGAAGUGAAAGGCUUACCUGCAGACUCCAAAGUCACAGUUCACGCGCUCGUUCGCUCAGACGAUGGAGACGACUGGGAAGCGUUUGGCCACUACACUAGUGACCCUUCAGGGACAGUUAAAGUUUCUAGAGAUAAAAGUGUCGGUGGCACAUUUGAGGGAAUUGAAGCCAUGGGUCUGCUGUGGAGUAUGAGACCCGUUCCUGAAACUAAACCCGGUCGCAGGUUUCGUAAGACCAAUGUUCAGACACCAGUUAAAGUGGUGUUUUCUGUGCAUGAAGGACAUCUUGAUAAAGGCUUCAAGCAUCGCACUCCUCUCUCAUCCACUGCGGCUGAACGCUGGUAUUUGACUCCUGAAGUCCAGAGGGUUGAAGUCACAGAGGGGGAAAUAAAGGGGACGCUCUUCAUUCCUGCAGGUUCUGGGCCGUUUCCUGCAGUUCUGGACCUGUGGGGGGGGCAGGGGGGUCGAGUCGAGUAUCGCUCUGCUCUUCUGGCGUCUCAUGGCUACGUCUCGCUGGCCCUCGAAUACGUCGGACUGUUGAACGCUGCAGGUGAACUCCAGCAUGCCGACAACAGUUAUUUUGAGGCUGCCUUCACAUUCCUACAAAAACACCCCAGAGUUUGUCCUGAUAAAGUGGCUGUGAUGGGGAUGUCAUUUGGGGUCUCUGUGACACUGGGUUUGACUGCAUACUCAGAAAUCGUAGAGCCCAAGUGUGUUGUUUGUGUAAGUGGGAGUCACAUUAUGCCUCUCAAAGGAUCUUUGGCUGAUGUCUAUGCAGCACUACAACAGAACGUACACAAAAUCCGCUACGAUGAAAAGAUGAGAAUAAUUUGGCGGGAUCUGUUGCUACCAAUACCAGAUGACCCAUCACAGAAGGUCAAGAUGAGUGAAAUCAAAUGCCCUGUUUUACUAAUCGCUGGUGAGGAUGAUCAGAACUGGCCAGCUUCAGAAUCUGCAGCAGAUAUGAGGAAGAUGAUGGAGAAGGCUGGAAACAGCCACCUUCUCACUGUCCUCUCCUAUCCGGGAACUGGACACCUUAUUGAACCGCCCUACAGCCCCCAUGUGCGGUUCAGUGACUUCAAGUUAUUGGAGGCGAAGACCAAAGUGGUGGUGCUUUGGGGAGGAGAGACGGAGCCUCACAGUCGAGCUCAGGAGGAGUCCUGGAAGAAAACUCUGGCUUUUCUGGAGGAACAUCUUUAUGGCAACAGCAGAGAAGUUACAAGAAUGUGACCUUCAUGUGAAUAUAUAUCCCGAAAACUGUCACCAUCUCCCACAGCGGCGCGGAUCAAAGCCCCGACGUGUGUGAAGCUGCUGCCAGAAUCAGAAAGGCCUGCCAGAACAUCUGACACCAGUAAAUCUGCAUCCACAGCAUUAGCAGAUUCACUACAUGAAGUUAUUGAUGUCGACGCCAGACACUGAUGAUAACAUUUGUCUCAUUUGUCCGUGUGCAGAAUGAAAGCGAUAUCAGGAGUGACACGGCUGCUAAUCACAGCUGGUUAUUUCCUGGGGGGAAAAAAAAAGUUGGGUUUCUACAGAGGAAAAUAAGCUCAUAACAUCUGAACACAAUGGGGGAAAAAAAACUGUUGUUGUUUUGGAGCAGGUUGGGACCACAUUGCAUCAGAUUUUAUUGCGUCACAUAUUUUAAGUGUUAUACAUUAACACAGAAUCACAAACAAUAUUGUUUAUGUAGGAACAAAGGCAUUUAUUUUUAUUACUUUUGUGUCUUUAUUUUUUAUUAGAAAAAUGGUUAGACUUACAACAUAUUAAUCAAUCUUUUUCUGUUGUAUAAAAGCACAUUUGACCUGACACACUUCCUCUUUUUUUACUGUGCUGCAUACUUUUUAGAAGAACUGCUGACUAGUGGAAAAAGCGGUAUAAGAACAAAUUUAGGUUUGUUCCAGACUGCUGUCUGGACAUGUCCCAAGUUGACAUGAUCUUUGUAGAAGUUGUGAAAUAUAUUAAAAAUGUACGUAAUUGUUCAGUUCUGUAUGCAGAGAAGGGUUGCGGAAAGAGGAAGUAUGUCUAGGGGUUACAAAGAGCCAAAGGACUGCAGAAUGACUGAUAUGUGACGUUAAACCAAAACUUCACCUGUUAAGAUCAAUUGUGUAUGUAUGCUAGAGUCAGGAAAUGUAUGUUAGUUGCGAACCUCUUGAAUGUAAUUCUUGCAUUGCGUUGGGGUAAUGUAACCCAGAGCUCUGUCAUCGAAUUAUUCAUUGGUAUCUAAUAAAUUACUAAUAUUUUUGGCAUUGAAGAAAACCCUCUCAAGACCUUUUCUUAUUCAACACGCAUGGAAUUGGCUUGAUAUUCCAACAUUUACAAUAUCACAAUUA